UCCAUCACUCAUGUUGCCUUCCGCUGCUGUUAUUAAACUGUCGACUCUCAAUCUGAAUGAAUUAAUCUUUCUAUGGUAACCAGGCGAAUGCGAGGAGGCGAGCUUAUGUAUGCUAUAACGUUACAGGUCGGUGGUUUGAUUUGACCUCUGUUUACGUUAUCCAACCGCUUGUGUAACACGUGAAUUGUUGGCGUGUAGCGUUAGCUAGCGUUAGCUACGCUAAAGUCCAGUACUCAAGGUAGAAGAGCAAAGUUAUCUUACAUAGUUAGAGGUGGCUUGUUAGCUUGUUCGCCAGUGUGUCGGGUUAGCCAAGUGUGUCUUCAGAUGUUUUCCAGAGUGAGAGCAUGUGCGGUCUCGUGUUUGGCCAGAUUGCCCAGUUGUGUAAAUUCAAGAGCGGCGAUAAGAGCGUCACCUGCCCUGUGCGGACAUCAGCAUCGGAACUCCAGCUCCGACUCUGCCGAUGUGAAGGUGUUAUAUGAUGGACUUUGUCCCAUAUGUGUGACCGAGAUCCGGUUCCUCCAGUUUCUGCAGAGAAAUCAGCCUGGGAAAGUAGAUUUUAUUGAUAUCUCCCUGCCGGGCUAUGAGGGAGCGAAAUACAAGGAUAUCAGCUAUGAGAUGGCCAUGGAAGAAAUGCAUGUGAUCGAUGAGAAAGACGAGGUUCACCGUGGGGUCCCAGCGUUUGCAGUCAUGUACGGUGCAGUGGGUCUCGGCUGGGUGGGUCGCUUCAUGAUGUGGCCACCUGUGAGACCGUUCAUGGACAAGUCCUAUGCCAUCUUUGCCAGGAACCGCUUAAAGUGGACCGGACGUGGCCAGGAGUGCACCACAGGGCGCUGUGAAAAGAAAACACAUUGACUGUGGUUCACAGAAAAAUAAAGUAUGUUUUAAUAAGUAACUAGAUAAAGAACACAUGGUUUGUCCUGGUCAACCAUUGGUCUGUUAUGAACCUGUCUGAGAAGGUUCCAACACUGUUGCCUGAUAAAAUGUGAAUGUUGUGAAGCCAUUAUUUGUUGCAGGAUUUCUUUACUUGUGAUUGUGAUCAAAUAUACUUUAGUUCAGUUUAAGUAAUGAAACAGCUUCAAAAAUGGAAAUUGUGACUGUAAUGGAGAGGUUGAUAUUGCAAGAUAAAAGCAAAAACAAAGUUCUCCAAACUACUGGAAAUGGCCUGAAUAUUAAAAACUGAUCUAUAAUGUUAAGUGUCACAUUAGCAUCCAAAGAAAUACGGCCAAAAGCAUAGGAUAUAUAUUAAAAAAAAAACAGUGGAAGAGCAGCUCACUUUGACUAAUAAUGCCAGUUGGCAGAACACUUGUAAAGACGACAGAUGAGAUGAAAGAAACUUUGGAGACUGAAAACACCAUAAAAUGUAAGCCUAACCUUGAUAAACAUGACGGUGCAGAGAAAGAGCCUCGCUGCAGAAGGCAGAGAGUAAUGGUGUUCUGUAUAUAAGACUGUCAUACUAUGACAAAUAUAGAGUCCAGAGAAAAUCACUGAAGCAAAAUGCAGUCAAUUUCCUGCCGCACACAGCGUCUCAGAUUGAGUCUCAUUCAAAAGCAGAUAGCGAGCCAAACUGUCAGGAAGCUGCCACUAGAUGUCAUUGUAAGUUUGAAAUAAUAUCAGCUGUGGGAGUGAAAUCUUUCCGUUUGAACUGUGUUAUAUGACAGUCGUGAUCACUGACCAGAUCAUGAUUGACCUGUUCCUUUAAAGUUGCCUUUUCUUGAUAUGGGUAACAGAUAGUAUAAGAUGAAAUCAGGCGACUCUUUCUCAUAGAAGUGGAAUAAAUCAGUUUUUAGUGUGUGUGCCAGUAAAGCAAACAAAGUGACUGAGCUGAUAUGAUAUUUUUAAUUUGAAUUCCUCCUUCUAAGGCCUUUCUGUGUGCUGGCUUGACAGUGGAGCCUCUUGUGUUGUGAGCGUGAUUCAUUGACAACACGUUGCCGUGCAGAACAGCAUGUGCUUGUUAAAGGUUACAUGAGUUGUGGUGAUAUUUACAAAAUAUACUCUGUGAUAGAUGUCAGACGUGUUUCAGUUUGACUCAUGUACUUUUAGUAUUAGCCGCAGUCUGAAUCACUUAAAUGCAUUUUUGAUGAGAUUUUAGAUUACAGCCUGUAAAUUUCUGGGUAGUUAUUUAUAUUAUAUAAAUAAUAUAUAUAUAUAUUAUUAAAUAACUAAUAUAUUAUAUAAAAAAAUACUGUGUACUCAUAUGUAAGUACAAGGGAUGAUGAAAUACAGGUAUGUGUAAAAGUAAAGUGGAAAUAAAUUACAUGACGUAUAUAUUUGAUUCCUGAGUGUGUAUUUAAUAAUUAAAGGGUGCAGUAAUGUUUUAUUGGGUAACAAAGCAGGAGCAAUGGGGUGACACUGCAUAGACAUAAAUUAUUUACAAUUAUUUUGAAAUUAUAUAUUCACAAAAAUGACAUGAAAAAUGCAAUACUUUGUUUAGGUUAUGUUUUUUUAAAAUGACUAAAUACUAGGCUUUAAAAUAAACAUUGUUCACCCCCUUUGUCACUGUAAUUACAGUGUAGUUACAGGAUACGUUGCAGUUUAUUAUCUAAAUUCUUGUUUUGGUUUAACUAAGUUAAAGUGCCUCUUCAUGACAUAAAGACUGGAUUGACUGGUACUCUGUUUGUACCUUGUAAUUACACAACAUAUACUGGGUGACUUAAAAAGUAGUUGCAGUGUAAUUAAGUUCUUGGUCCCUCCUAAAAGAAAAUAUGUAACUAGUAUGUACAAAAUUUUUAAUUUCUAACUUGUGGGCUGUAAUCAAAAGCAAUACCGUCUGUCACGGUAUGUAUUAGCCACUAUGUGCUUUUACUUGUUUUGUAUCACAUGUUGUGGCCUGUGCACAGUUUCUAAGAAUUACAAUAUGUGUGUUGGUGUGAUGUUGUGCUUUGACGUAAGAAGCAGCUAACAUCAGCUCACUGAGACCCUUUAGGUUAUCACCCCCUCCCUAAUUUUAGCCACGGGCCACCAGUCCUGCAGUCAGCAGUGAUAGCACAUGACAUUAAGCCUGUGUGGUCUUACAAAGCACUGGUCGUGCUUGUCCACCCCCCAGCCCAGCUCAACCAAUGAGAUUAAAGCACUGCUCGGGAGGAGAGUUGCAUUAAGUAUCACAACACUGGAGAAAUAGUGCUUCUGAUAGUUUGUCAAAAGUAGUGUGCUGGAUUUCAAAGAAGAAGAAAUCGGUUGAAGAGAAAUUGUGGAGACAGAAGAAGUAAGAGUUGUGUUUGAGGUAAAUCUUCAGUGAAUGCUUUCAUCAGACGCUUUCUCUCAAGGUUAGAGUGGCUAUAAGCUACUUUGGUUCAUGACCUUUCCCGACUUAAGUGGAAAACAACCAUAGUAGAUGUUUGACUAUUUCAUACUCAGGCUGUUUGCCAUUCUCUUUGUGAAGGCACCACGGAAAGUGUGAAUGCACUUUAUUUGACACAGUAAUCAAGUGCACUCCUGUUUACUAAGCAGUGAAGGGCAAAGCUCUUUUUGUGCUCAAAUUUCUAGGUCACAUUGCAGACAUGCAUCUAGUGGGAGAAUGUUGAGAGUUAUUUACAGGCCUUCUGUACUGAUGUAUUUGCUCCAAGGUUUCACGUUGCACAGUGAGACACAGUGCUAGGAAACCAUGGGAGUACAAGGCCAAUGUGGAACAAAAUGUUUGUACACAAUCAGCUCAUCCUGAAUUGCUAGCUGUGUUUAGAAGUGACAAUAUGCGUCUGCUCUGAACAGACAUUCAGCAGAGAAGUUGGUAUACCGGGCGUAACCUGAUGCUGGAAACUUUUGUGUUUAUCUGAAGUCUGUCCUUAUUGU